AUGGUUGUCACGAAAGAAAUCGAGGAGGCUCUGCCGGGGGAAGGAAAACCAUCUCCGACUGAACCCAUUAUCUCGCACGAGGAGGCACAAGCGGAGGAAAUGGUCCCUGGAAUUCCAGAAUUCAUGACCAAAAAGUUAAAGCCUCAACGGAAGCCCACCCGAGUGUACGAAGAUCGAGCACCUGGCGAUCAAUUCGUCGUGCUCAGUGAGAGCGAAAUCACGCUCGAUGUAGCGGAUGUGAAGGAACGAAAACUUCUUCGUAAAAAACCGUCAAAGAGUCCGCUCCGGGGGGAAGAACUUUCGCUCAUCGAGAUCGUGACUCUCCGUAAACACGAAGAUCAUCAGGACAUCAGCCUGGAAUCCAUCGGUUAUCCGGAGCUGGAUGUCUUGCAAACAAUUCCGAUCAACGUCGAUUCGCUCGGAAGACCGUCAGAAGAAAUCACGGAGCAGCGAGUAAUCUCGCAAAUCGAUGCUGAAGGCAGAAAGCGACGAAAAACCGUCAGAAAGUCCAAGAAACCAGAUGGCACCGUCUGCAAGACGGAGGAAACCACUCUCUUCACUCCCGAUGAGUGGGAAGUCCUCCCGCACGUUUUCAGUCUGCAGCCUGCCGAAGAAACGGAGGAAAUUGAAUUUGAUUCCGGGAAGAAAUCUGGGAAUUCAAGCCCGAGCCAAAGUUCUUCGCGCGUGUCACGCCCGAAACCGUUGGAUAUCCCGAAAUGGAGGUUGUCGAAUCUAUGCCCGUCGUCAAAGAUGCAUACGAAGAGAACGGUCCGUGAAAAGAAGAAGAAGCGUAAAGACGGUGUCUACGAAAGAAUUGUCGAUGAUCUGACCGAGGAGACUGAUAAACGACAGCCCCUGACAUUCGACCGAAUGGUCGAGCAUAACAUAGUUCUAGAUAUCGGUAGGAUCGAGAAGAAGAAAGUCGCCAAGAAAAUACCUCGGCCGAAUGAGCCUCUCGAGCAGCUUGAAGUCGUGGUCGAGAGUUUCAAAUUCACUCCGAAAAAGUCGACCAAUGAAAUUAAUUUCAAUUCAAUCGGCUACCCUGAAUUGGAAAUUCUGAGGCCGAUGCUCGUGAAAGCGACAAGCGCCGGACGAGACGUUUGUCGAGAAAGUACAAUCGUUUUCAUGGACGUCGACGGGGAACCAAAGACGAAAACCGUGAAGAGCACGGCUUCGAAAACUGGGGUCAUCACCCAGGAGGUCGAAACCUCUGAUCUGGUCCCCGAAUCGUAUGACUGGUCAACGGUACAACCAGGAGAGGUGGUCGACGAGACGACCGUGGCAGAAGAGGAAACGACUAAAAAGACGAGAAAAACUUCGACGCAAAUCGCCUCGACAGGCGAUGUCGUCGAUUGUGUACUAACCGUCACUUCUGUGACACCUCAUGUUUACACGGUGUCGUCGAUGACUCACGACAUAGUUGAGGAGACUGUUGAGGAGAUAGUUUUCCCUGACGGGAUAGUAGCCACGGUCAGGACGACCGAAAUCCAGAAGAUCGACGGUUCGAGGGAAAUUAGAGUUGAGGAGAUAAAGCCACAUGAAACCCGAACGGUAUCAGAUGAAACACCACGAGAAGCGGUGCAGCGGAAGCCCAGGAAGAAAGUUGCCUUCAAGCCAAUUGUUCACGAGGACGUGAGCUUCGAGGAGUUCGAGUCUCCACCCGAGGUCCAGGAGUCCACUGAGGAAGUUCUGCGACUGGCGCCGCUGCAACCCCUGCAGCACAUCGUACCCAAACCGGAAAAGCCGGUGCUGGAGGAAAUAUCCGCGGAAUCCGAGAUUCCGUCGACAAGCGAAGCGGCACCGACGGAAGAAGAGCCCUCCGACGAGUUCUUCACUGGAAGCAGCCGAGUUACGCUCGGCGCUAAAGAGAAGCCCAAGAAGCCUAAGAAGCGUCCAUCGGUUCAGAAAGAACGGGAGGACAACAUAGAACAACCGACGGCAGUGAUAAGCAUCGGGAAACUCACGACAGAGGAACGACACGACAUCACCGUAGGGAGCACGGAGUAUCCUGGAGUAGAGGUCCAACAACAGUACAAGCGUCCUGUUGACGUUGAUUCCAGAGCCUCGGACGAACUUGAGCACGCCGAGAUCGAGGCUCAAUCGAAGAAGCAGCUCAUCGUCGAAGAGAUCUUGGAAGAACUCUUAGUCGAAGAGAGGGAGGAACAACCCUUCGAAAGCUCCCUCAGCGAAAAAGUAGACAUCGUCUUCCCGAGCAGACGCAAGCCGAAGAAACAGAAGGCCACAGUGCCCGCCCAGAAAGAUACAGAGAUCGUCGAGCAGCCGUCAACCGUGAUAUCGAUCGGUAGACCAGAAGAGGAGACCAGCCAUGAGAUCGUUCUGGAGAGCGAUGGAUAUCCGGACUUCGAUGUACGUCAAGACCUCAAGUAUCCAGUGGAAGUCGAUUCCACGGCGCCCGAGCAGCUGGAACGAGCCGAGAUUGAAUCCAUGCCGAAACAGAUGAUCGUUGAAGAGAUCAUCGAAGAAGUGGUAGAAGAACUCGGAGAACCGGUUUUCGAAACGACCCUGAGCGAGACCACCGACCUCAUGAUCAGGCAGAAGGAGAGGCCGAAGAAGUCGAAGAAACGUCCAUCGGUUCAACGGAGCGACGACCUCCCCGAGCAACCGACAACUCUCAUCAGCAUCGGCAAGCCACGAGAAGACAAGGGAGCGGAAGUCUCCGUCGGGAGCGAGCAGUAUCCCGACAUCGAGGUUCGGCAAGAUUACAAACGUCCCGUCGAGCUCGAUUCCGUCGCUUCCGAGGAGCUUAAACGUUCCGAGAUUGAAGCAGUGCAAAAAGCAGUCGUCGAAGAGAUUCUCGAAGAAGUCAUUAUUGAGGAGAUCGAGGGAGAUACACCGAAAGAGCGUAUUUCCGGAGUCGAGGUCAGCGAGAAGAAGGACGUUGUACUCGCGCCGAAAGGCCCAGCGAAGAAACCGAAGCGGAAACCAUCGACUCAGAAAGAGGACAAGGAACUCAUUGAGCAGCCGAUAACGUCGAUCAGCAUAGGCAAGCCCGAGGAAGCGACAAGCCACGAAAUCGUCGUGGCAAGCGAGGGCUAUCCCGACGUCGAUGUCAGGGACGAGUACCAGCGUCCGGUAGUUAUCGACUCGACGGUUUCCGACGACUUGAAACGUUCUGAAAUCGAAGCCAUCCGUGAGAGAGUCGCCGCGGAGGAGGUCAUUGAAAUUCCGGCGGAAAAAGCCACAGAGGAAGAACCGUUUGAAACUACCCUCAGUGCGCAGGAGAGCGUAGAUCUCCUCCAGAAGGAGAAACCGAAGAAGCCCAAGAAACGUCCAUCGAUCCAGAAAGAAAUCGAUAGAGUUGUGGAGGAUCAACCGUUGACUCUCAUCAGUAUAGGCAAGCCCUCGGUCGAGACGCAUCACGAAAUCAUCGUCGCAAGCGAAGAACAUCCCGACGUUGAAGUAGAACAAGAGUAUAGGCGUCCUGUAGAUGUCGAUUCGAGGGCUCUGGAUGAACUGAAGCGAGCCGAGAUCGAAGCUGCGCCGAAGAAAGAGCUCGUGAUUGAGGAAAUAGUCGAGGAGGUAUCAGUUGAAGAAGUACACGAUGAUCAACCUGAGGAACAAACUUUCGAGACUUCCGUCUCAGAAACGAGUGAUGUCAAACUGGCCAAGGGAGACAAAACGAAGAAACCCAAGAAAAAACCACAGUUGCCCGCGGAGGAAACCGUAGAGCGAACCGAUGUUGUUAUAAGCGUUGGGAAGCUCGACGGAAAGAAAGACCAUGAAAUCGUGGUGGGAAGCCGAGAAUAUCCUGACAUCGAAAUUCAACAGCAGUAUAAACUCCCCGUUGACAUCGAAUCCUCAACUCCUGGUGAGAUCGUUCAUACUGAGGUCGAAAUGAUGCGCGAGAAGAAAGUAAUUGAAGAAACUCCUCAGGAGGUGAUCGAGGAAGUGGUUGGAGAGAUUGUCGUUGAAGAUCAGCCGUUCGAAACUAUUGUCAGUGAGACGAGCGACGUACACUUGGCUCAGAAGGAGCUUCCGAAGAGGCCGAAGAAACGGCCAUCAGUCCAGAAGGAAGAAGCCGUGAUUGAGCAGCCCACCGCCAUCCUUAGCGUUGGCAAACUCAUCAAGGAAGAGCUUCAUGAAAUUUCGGUGGAAAGUGAUCAGUAUCCCGAUUUCGAGGUUCAGCAGCGGUACGAGCGACCUGUGGUCAUUGAUUCCACGGCUCCGGAUGAGUUGAAACGCGCCGAAAUCGAAGCUGUGCCGAAGAAAACGACCGUUGAAGAAAUUAUCGAAGAGACAGUGGUUGAAGAAACGGCAGAGGAGGUGCGGCCGGACGAGCAGCCAUUCGAGACUUCUUUGAGUGAAAAGAUCGACCUCAAGUUGAAAUCGAAAGAGAAAGCGAUACGACCAAAGAAGAAGCCCUCGGUCAAGGAGGAAGAGGAACUGAUCGAGAAACCUGAAACUGUAAUCCUCACGAUAGGAAAGCCCAAGGAAGAGGAGCACCACGAAAUAACUGUGGUCAGUGAUGAAUUCCCCGAUUUCGACGUGACGCAAGACUACAGACGGCCGGUAGACGUAGACUCAUCAGCUCCUGAAGAGUUGAAGCACGCUGAAAUCGAGGCAGAGCCUAGGAAACCGACGUCCCGAGAUGUAGUCGAGGAGAUCAUUGACGAGCUGGUGGAGGAGAGUGUAGACGAAGACCAACCUUUCGAGACCAACGUCCUCGAGAAGAGUAAUUUGACGCUCACGCAGAGAGAAACCACAAGGAAGCCCAAGAGGAAACCUUCGGUUCAAAAGGAAGAGCUAGUCAUGCAGCAACCGUCGACUGUUAUCUGUUUGGGCAAAUUGGACAAAGACGUCCAGCAUGAUAUCACUGUGGCUAGUGGCGAAUAUCCCGAACUCGAAAUCCAACAGGAUUACAAACGCCCGGUGGACGUCGACUCGACGACUAUCGAAGAGCUGAGACGCGCGGAGAUCGAAGCGGCGCCGACGAGGCCGGUCGUCAUCGAAGAGGUUGUCGAAGAAGUCGAAGAGGAAAAACCCGAAGAUCAAACUUUCGACACCACAGUCUGCGAGAAAACGGAUGUGAAUUUGCUUGUGAAAGGAAGACCGAAGAAACCGAAGAAGAGACCCUCCGUCCAGGAUGAAGAGCAAGAGGUCAUCGAACAACCAACAACAUUGAUCAGCAUCGGAACGCCGCAGAAGAAAGAACACCAUGAGGUUAUGGUCGCCAGCGAUGCAUAUCCCGACAUCGACGUGAAGCAGGAAUACAAGCGCCCCGUCGAUGUGGAUUCGGCGGCUCCACAUGAUCUGAAACACACGGAAAUCGAAGUCGUUCCGAAGAGAGAGGUCGCUGACGCAGUCAUACAGGAAGUGGUGGCACAAGCUGAGGAGGAGGAGGAGGCGCCCGAAGAAGAACCCUUCGAUACCACAGUCAAGGAAACCAGCGACGUUACGUUACUACAGAAAGAAGCGUCGAAGAAACCAAAGAAACGACCCUCGGUCCAAAAAGUUGAGAAAGAUCUCAUCGAGCAGCCCUUAGCGAUCAUAAGCAUAGGCAAGCCUGAAAAGAGAACGCAUCACGAAACCAGCGUCGCUAGCGAGGGAUAUCCCGAAUAUGAAGUUGAGCAGGAAUACAAACGACCUGUGAACGUAGAUUCGACCGCUCUCGACGAGCUGAAACGCAGCGAAAUCGAGACUGUGCCGAAGAGACGAGUCCUACAAGUAGAAUACUCUGAAGAACAACCUGUGGAAGUCACGCUGAGCACCCCGAAAGAUAUCACCUUCACCGAGGAAACCGUAGUCGAGCAAGCCCAGACGACCGUCAUAGACGAUAAACCUGAAGUGUACGAAUAUCGCAGAAUCGUUACGGAAGCCGCCUCGCCUGCGACAGAGGAGUCCAAACGAGAACAGGUAUCAAUCGUAGAGGUCGAGGAGAAACCAGAGGUCAAAGAAGCGAUUCCAUCUGCGGUGACCUAUGGCGUCGUCGAACUCAAGAAAGAACCGCUCAAGGAGGAUAUCGUCCAACCGAAGCCGGAGACCAAGGAAGACGUGGCAGAGGAUGUCCUCGUGGACAUCUCCGUGGGCAAAAUGCCGAAGCCAGGGGACAAAGUCGUUAAACUGGAAUCUAAGGAAGUACCUGAGCUGGAAUGGGAAAUCGAGCAGGUCAUCGAAAAAGACGUUACUGUCGAGAGCACCGGUUAUGAAGUGGAAAUGAUGCCCGUAACGCCAAGUGAAGUCACGAUCACGACCGAGAGCAUUGUGCAGGAGAUCGUGGAGAGGGUUCCGGAAAAAGCCACGCCUGCUCCGUCUGUCACGGAGGCCUCUGAUGUGACUUUGGCUCCGAAAGAGAAGCCCAAGAAGCCCAAGAAACGGCCAUCCGUUCAGAAAAUCGAGGAGGAGAUCAUCGAACAGCCGAGUGUCGUUAUCAGCAUUGGAAAACCCGAAAGGGAGGAACAACACGAAAUAAGCGUAGCCAGUAGCGAAUAUCCAGACUUCGAAGUCGCGCAGCAGUACAAACGUCCUCUCGAGGUCGACGCAUCCGCUCCCGAUGAACUGCUGCGUGCAGAGCUCGAAAUGACGCCCAGGCAGGUGGUCGUCGAAGAAAUCGUCAGAGAAGUGGUCGAACAAGAAGUGGUCCUCGAGGAGAUCGUGGAAGAGACCGUGGAAGAGCAGCCCUUCGAGAGCACGGUCAGUGAACGGACGGACGUGACUAUCGUGCAGAAAGACAAACCGAAGAAACCGAAAAAACGGCCUUCGCUGCAGAAAGAAGUGGAAGCUCCGGUGGAGCAGCCCUCGACCGUCAUUAGCAUCGGGAAGCCGAAGAAGGAAGAAGCUCGACACGAAAUCACCCUGGCCAGCGAUGAAUAUCCCGACAUUGAAGUUCAACAAGAGUACAAGCGACCUCUCGAAGUCGAUUCUACCGCCCCUGAAGAGCUGAAGCAUUCUGAGAUCGAAGCCGUACCCAAGAGGGUUGUUGUCGAGGAGGUGGUCGAGGAAAUCGUCGAAGAUGUUGAGGAGGUGGUCGAAGAGGAACAACCUUUCGAGACGUUAGUCAGCGAGACAAGUGACGUUACGUUGGUGCCGAGAGAGACUCCUAGAAAACCAAAGAAACGACCAUCGGUGCAGAAGGAUGAAGAAGUAAUCGAACAACCCUCAACUGUUAUCAGUGUCGGUAAGCCGAAAAGAGAUGAAGCACAUCAUGAAAUUACACUCGCGAGUGAAGAAUAUCCUGACAUCGGAGUGCGACAGGACUACCAACGACCUUUGGAUGUCGAUUCGACAGCUCCCGAAGAACUGAAGCAUUCCGAGAUCGAGGCUUCACCGAAGAAAGUUGUUGUCGAAGAGGUAGUCGAAGAAAUUAUCGAAGAUGUCGAGGAGGUGGUCGAAGAGGAGCAACCUUUCGAGACGUUAGUCAGCGAGACAAGUGACGUAAGGUUGGUGUCAAAAGAGACUCCUAAAAAACCAAAGAAACGACCAUCGGUGCCGAAGGAAGAAGAAGUUGUCGAACAACCCUCAACUGUCAUCAGUAUCGGUAAACCGAAGGAAGAGGAAGCACGUCAUGAAAUUACGUUGGCGAGCGACGAGUACCCCGACAUCGAGGUCAAACAGGAAUACCGACGACCCCUGGAUAUCGAUUCGACAGCUCCUGAAGAACUGAAGCAUUCUGAGAUUGAGGCCGCACCAAAGCGAGUCGUUCUCGAGGAGGUGGUCGAGGAAAUUAUCGAAGAUGUGGAGGACGAGCAACCUUUCGAAACGAUGGUCAGUGAGACGAGUGACGUGACCUUAUUGCCGAAGGAAACUCCGAAAAAACCCAAGAAACGACCCUCUGUGCAGAGGGAAGAGGAGAUCAUCGAACAACCUUCAACCGUAAUAAGCAUCGGCAAGCCCCUGAGGGAGGAAGCGCGUCAUGAAGUCAUUCUCGCGAGCGAGGGAUACCCCGACAUCGAAGUUAAACAGGAGUACAGGCGGCCCCUGGAUGUCGAUGCGACAGCUCCGGAGGAGCUGAAGCAUUCUGAGAUCGAAGCUAUCCCGAAAAGGGUCGCGGUCAAAGAGAUUGUCGUCGUCGAGGAAAUUGUCGAAGAUGUUGGAGAGGUCCCCGAGCAAGAGCAACCUUUCGAGACGACGGUCAGCGAGACUAGCGAUGUCACCUUGAUGCAGAAAGAGAUUCCGAAGAAACCUAAAAAACGACCUUCAGUACAGAAAGAAGAGGAUACCAUCGGACAACCCUCGACUGUCAUCAGUGUCGGCAGACCGGUCAAAAAAGAGGAGCAUGAGAUCGCCGUCACAAGCAACGAGUAUCCCGACUUUGAAGUAGAGCAAUCCAUCAAAAUGCCGAUACGAGUUGACUCCGUUAGCGAGACUGUCAGCGAACUUGAAAAAGUUUCUAUCGAAGUCAUGAAACAGCCGAAAGACUCAAUAACCGAGGAAACGGGUGAGUUAAUGACUAAGGACCGUGGAAAAAUCGUUCUCCGGAAGCCGAAGUUCGAUGAGUCGCCACUCGAGAGCCGAACUUCACGCCGUCGGACGUUUCCGAAACUGUGGUCACACUCAAGAAGAAGGAGCCUGCCCGUGAGGAAGAGGAGGUCAUCGAGGAGCAUAUCGUGGAGGAGGUCUCCGAAGACGUCGCGGUGGACAUUUCCUACGGGCUACGAGGUCGAAUUCAUUCCGGCCGAGCCCAAACCAGGUGAAAUUACGGUGACAACUGAGAGCAUCGUUAAGAAACCUCAAGUCGUCGGGUUAGAACAACAGCCGGAACGUCAGAAGAAAGUCGAGGAGGAGAAGCGUAUCACUGUCAUUCAAGAAAUUGAAGAAGUAACCAAGCGGCACGAUAUCAUCAUCGAGGCGAAGACUAAGAAAGGUAUCACAGAAAUACGCAUUCAUAAAGUGCCCGAGCACGCAGACGAGUUCACUGAUUCUAUUGACGACGAGGUUUGCCGCGAAUUCGACAUCGCUCCACAGCCGAAACACACGCCAAGCGUUUCCAUUCCCGAUCAGACAGCCUUGGAGAUCGGGCACACACACGCACUCGAGUCUCCAGCAGAACACAGUACCCCCCAAACGUCAACGAAAUCUGCCGUAAUCGGUGUCACGCCAAUGAUCAGUGCGAGCGUCGGUGAAGUUCAGACGAACGACACCACGGCCUCUCUGAGUCCAGACACUGUAAUCGAACAAACUCCGAAUAAAUCCAUGGACACGAUGCAGACGAUCGCGGUCGAAGAGCCACUAGUACACGAGCAAGCCAUUCCGUACGCGGCGCGGCCUGCGAAGACGAAUCAGGCAACCGCAGACAUACUUCCCCAAACUCCACUCUCGGUCGAGAACACGCUGGUCUCGGAGAACACAGGCACCACACGUGAUGAACAGCCAGUUCCGAACCAAGCCUUCACCGACAUGGUCCAUCAAAAGGCUCUUUCGGUGACACAAGUCACACCGAACGACAAGGAGCAGGGCAUUGAAGCUUUCUCGGCGCCUGACGUGAAGUUACAAACGGUGAGGAACGUGAACGUCCUCGCAAUUCCCGAAACUUCCGAACUGUUGACCUCUGUGGCCGAAAUCGAUACCGACACGAAAUCGGCAACUGGGACGAUUCUACCACAGACCGCGCUUGACGUAACGCAGUGGCAGUCUGAGAUGCGGGAGGAGGUUUUGAAAGACGAGACGCCGUCGGAAUUCAAAUUAGAGCCCGAAUUGCUGCCGCAGCAAGCUCUGACGAUUUGUGAGAGUGACGUGUCUCUGAAAGAGGGCGUCGUAGAUAUCGAACGCUCGCAAACGGCCAACGCGAAAGCUUUCUACACGGCGGAGUACGAAACCAUAAUCGAGGAGAUCAUUCUUGCGAACAAAGAAGGAGAAUUCGAAUCCAAGCAACCCGAUCUCUUGACGAGCGUGUUUUCCUUCGAUACCCAAACUCCGCUUCUGAACCUCUACAACACCGAGUUGGAUUCGGAAGAGAUUUUCGAAGUAGAGGAAAUCAUAGAGAAGGCCGCUUCAAGGAGUUUCACCGGUAUUACGCUGCCGGAGGUGACGGAAACGCAGCCCAUCGAGACGGUGGGGAAGGAGGCGCUCGAGAAGCCUGAACACCAGCAAGGUAAGAUCAUCCACGACCUCCGAAACGCGGUCCAAAUCACGGAUGUGGUGGCCGCCGAUGUCGAAGCCAAACAUCAGGAACAACCGACCCCCGAGCAGAAACAACUUCGUCCCGAGCUCGUCCCGUCACUCGCCCUCUCGGUCAACGAAGUACUCACAUCAGAACAGGGAGAGGACGUGGUUGAAGAGGUUCAUCCGAGAACUCAGAAGAACCUUUCCGACGUUGCUCUCCAGGAAGCGGUGAACGUAACCAUGACGGUCGUCGCUGACAAGGAGGAGCUCUUGCCCGAGGCCAAGCUACCGAGACCUCAGAAACUAGAUCAGAGGGAAACGGUGGACAAGAAGAAAGCUCCGCAGGUCAGCGAGACGAUCUUGAACGAGAAAGAACUCUCGAUGGGAGAUUUCGUCUACGAUACUCAGAAAGCGUCGACGGAACUCCUCGAGCAGUCGGCGAUGACAGUUCUGCAGACGAGAGACAACGAGAGAGAGAGGGAAUGCAUAAUCGAAACCCCGAAACAAGACCGAGCGCAGCUCGACAUUAUUGGAAUGUCUUCAAUAUUAGCAACCGAAACGGUCGCUGAGGAAAAAGAAUCGCCGUUCACGCGGGCUCCGACAGAGACCAAACCGGUGGCCUAUCGUUUCGAUACAUCCCAAGCCACAAUGAACUCGGAGCAGUUCGUGAUCGACACGGAGACUGAGCUCGAGAUACCGAGAGUCGCGUCUAAAACAGCGGAAGCGACCCUGAAACCAUCCGAGAACAUCGACGUCGCUCAGCUCAACGGAUACGAGUCCACAAUACCUCUGGAAACGCAAAAACCAGACGACAGUCACGCACAAAUCGACUUCGCGGAGAAAAUCGCGUUCGAGACCGCUCAAACGGUUCUACAAGAUAAAGAAGGUUCAUUUUCGAUCGAGGAACCAAAGUCGAAGAAAGCGAAAACCAUCUCAUCCGAGCUCACCUCUCUCGAAAUUCUCGAGCAGUUGGGUCUGAUCGGAUUGAACGAUCAGCCGAGCUUGGUGUUUGAUUUGCAGAAGCCGAACGUGGAUCUGAUCGAAAACCAAACUGUCUACAUCGAAGAGAUUGUCAUACUCGAGAACGAAGAAGACUGCGAUUUUGUCGAGCCCGCCAGCAAGCGGAUGGACUUCACCCUGAUCGAGAGCACAGCCAGCGCUGUGUCCCAGGUGACGCCGAUGGACAAUGUCGGGAGCCACAAGGCCGAGGAUGCGCCUAGGAAGCCAAACCCGCCUUCCAGCUCUCCGAAGAGAUAAUCUGUCAGCAAACCGAAAGCGCCAUCAAAGAGGAAUACCUGCCGAAAAAUCCGUGUCGGUCAAUCGGCGACGGUGGAUUUGCUUGUCGAGUCCGCUUUGACCGGACAGAUCACGAAUCCGAACGAGAAGGAGGAAGUUUUCACCAGACCAGAGCUGCCCCUUUCGGCCGCAAAACAGACGCUCUUGCCACAGGAGCCCCUGACCGUAUCCGAGUUCCACAUGGACAAGGAGAAAGUCCUCGAGGCCCAAAUCAAGCCCGAGUCGCAUUUGCUGUCAGCCAACAUUGACGUUCAGUACGCUCGUACUGCUGCAGAGGUCUUGCUGCUCGACAGCGAGAAACAAGUCACGACUGAGAAGCCCGACUCGACGCGAGUGGCGCCUAAUAUUCUGGCGAGCGAGGCCCUCGAAGCUAGGCUGGUCCAACCGAUCGAAUCGGAAAUGAUCACGUUCGAAACGGUUCCCGCGGACUCCAAAGCUGCCGAGGGAGUUUUCGUGCCUCAAGUGCCCGUAACGGUUCAAGAGGCACUGACCACCGAGAAGGAGGAUCACUUCACUGCGUUAUCAGCAAGAAGCGAAAACGCUAUUGCGGAUUUGGUGCAGCAACAAGCUCUCGGAGUUGGUGUAUCGCAUGAGCUCGAGAUGGAGAAGGAUCUGAGCCUCGAUGCGAAGAUUCCCGAACUACAAGCUGAACCCGUUCUGGACUCUGUCGUCGCUUUGGACGUUUCUGUCCAGCAGCCGUUGACUGGCGCCGAUCAAUUCGAAGAGCCGAAGCCUUCGACGUCAACAUUGACGGUCGGCGAGGUGGACGGCCACCGUGCCGCCCAGUCGCAAAUGCAGUCGGCCUGCGAACACGAGGACGUUUACAUCGAGUACGUUCUGCCCGAGCAACACACAGGCAGCGUCGGUGCAUUCGAAUGUUUCUGCGUGGGUCAAGUUGCCGAAGUCCAAUCGCUCCUCAAAGAGGAUAGUUUCGAGGUUCUUCGGCCCGAGGAGAAGAGGUCCAAGAUCGAAUUCACCAUCAAAGAAGCGCUCGGAGUCGAUAUCGUCCAAUUCAACGACGCGGAAACGCCUUUCGAGGAAUUGAUCAGAGGCAUGACGGCCCGUCAGGUUCAAGAACUGCUCGAGGCCGUGGAGAUCGCAGACGUGGUCCAGGCGAACAAGGAGGGAGACUUGGAGCUUCCUGCCGUGCCCGAGAGCCACAAUCUGCAGCAGAGAGCCGUUAUCCUCAUUUACCACACUCCGGAGCAAUUCGCUGUGCAAGCGAACGAGGUUGAAGAAGCCUUUAGAGUUCAGAAACCGGAAACCGGCAAAUCGGUGGUUUCGUUCGACGUACAAGAAUCCAAAACCAUCUCGGAACAAGUGCUCGUGGACAAAGAAUCGACGAUGCCGGACUUUUCGAGACAACCAGCGCACGAAGCCUCUCUGGAAAUAAAUCCUCAUCAGACCAGUCUCGAGGUCGGCUUGACAACCGCCCAGUACAACGAGCAAGAACUAAUUCUAUCCAAAAUCACGGAGGAGCAAGCGAGCCCACAGAUGCUGCCCCAGACGGCUCUGCAAGUCAAGUUCACACAGCCCGAGCUCAAAGAGGGUGCGUUCGAAAGGGAAACGGUGCCGCACACUUCGGUUUCGCCCGCGAUGACGCAAUCGCUGACGGAACUCGUGGUGUCGCAGGUUGCCAGCGACGACACGCUCGGGUCCGUGGAGACGCGUGCGCCCACGACUUCGAAUCUCCAUCAAGUGAUCGACGAACAGCUCCCGUUGGCCGUGAGCGAUCUCAUGGCCGGGGAAAUGGCUCGACCGACAUGCGUCGAAUUAAAGUACGUCACGGACAAGGCAGAUAUGGAUCUCGAGACGAGCAGAGGCAUCACCGUCACGGAGACAACCCUCGUGGACAAAGAAGGUACCAAGGAGUACCCUCAGCCGAUAACAUCGCUCGCAGCCGUCUCCAUCGGCGAAACGGAGGCGUUGUCCGUGUCCGCCAUCGAAACAGCCGAGUUCGAGUCCGUCCAACCGGAGGACCAAGCCCCGAUAACGCUGAACGCGGUCUCGGACAUCAUCCCUCACAUCGCGUUGGGUGUCACGGAAACGAAUACCGGACUCGGAAGCCAGAAACUGACGUUGGAAGAGCCGAUGGGAGCCGUGGCCGACACCAAACUCAUCAGUCAGCACUCCGUUCAAGUUACGGAGACCAUUACGAACGACUCCAGGGAGGAGCUCGCCGAAGAAGCGAAGAAACAGCCUUCGUCGGCGACGCAGUCGAUUCCCCCGAUGGAUAGCCUCGAGGUUCAGAUCGUCGAAACCCUCCAGUCCACCGGUGAAGUCAAGCCCGAGGAGCUCGUGAGCGAUCAGGCGAAACGUGACCUCAUACCGGUCACGGCGAUGGGCGUCUCGAGCGUGACCACCUCGCAGGUUCCCGUUGAUUUUAUCGAGGAGGCUCCGUUGAGCAAAUCCUGCACCGUUCACACGGAGACCGUUCAGAGACAGGCGAUCAGCGUGCACGAAACAGUUCUCGAUGACAGCAAGAGCGAUUUCGAGACCGCGGUGCCCCAAACAGGUUCCGCUCGACCGGAUGUUCUGCCGUUGGAGAGUGUUUCCAGAUUCGAGGUCACGGACGCUCUCAAGGAGAGCGAAUUCACUCCGGUGAAGCCGACCGAACACAAGCCCAAAAUCUCGCUCCCCGCCCAGAAACAUCUGACGGUCUGCGAGACGAUCGAUAGCGACCUGACGUCGGGCCUGGCCGAAAAAGCGCCGGAAGCCGACUCGGCUCAGUUCUCGGUGCAAUCGACUAUCGGAGUCGCUGUGAACGAGGUGAUGAUAAACGAUACGGAACUUCCGUUCGAUUCGGAAGUAGAGCGUCCAUCACACAACGCAGAACAGAUCCUCGAGAAGCUCGUUCCGAUUUCCAUCAGCGAAGUGCAAACUCAGACCGAGUGCAGCCAGCUGCGGGAGGACGAACGUCCUUCCGAGAAGACUGUCACGGUCGAUUUCAUUCAACAACAAACACUGUCCAAAGAGGAAAUCGUGCCGUCACAUUCCCUCUCGACACUCGAUCAACAACAGACAAGAUCAGACACGGCCAAAGUGGACUACGUUCCGAAUAGCGAAUCCCUCGUUGUCGGUGAAACGGUGAUCACUGAAACCGAAGAUAGCCUCGUGCCUGCGCAAGUGCCCGACACUAAGACUGUAGACUUCUGUGUGGUGGCUCAACUGAGCGGUGGGCUGACGACUGAGACGGUGGUGUCCUCCGAACAACAAAUCACCGAAUACGAGUACAGCAAGCCCGUCGAGAGGACUGCCGUUGUUGACUUCUCAGUGCAUGAUGACUCUGUUAGUGUGUGCAUGACCUCCGCAGCAAGCAAGGAGGAACCACUUUCGAUCGAGGCUGCGUUCGAGAGCACCGCACAACUUGCCGUGGUGCCCCUUGUGGCCGUCAGCGCGUUCGAAGUCACCCCGCAUAGCCGCGAGGGAGAGAUCAGUGACAGCUCGCGACGGGACAACGAAAAGUUCGCCACUCGAACCAUGGACUUUGUCGAGCCAUUCACCACAACUGAUCAAGUUCCCAUUGAGUCUGAAGGUGUGCUUGUUUCGGACGUUCUGCCAAACGAGCAGCAUGGAACGCUCGCAGAGAUGUCUCUAAACCAAAGCCUCAAUGUACAACAGGUGACGCAUGCGGACGUGCUCGGUCAAGUCGUUUUGGAACGCCUAGAAGAAUGCACGACGAACCCUGCCGACUAUCUGCCUAAUCGGCCGCUAACAGUUACAGAAAUCGAGCUUCAUGACCAGCUGCAAGAGCUGGAUGAGGAACAGCCCGCCGAAAAGUUUGCUCAGCAUUCUUUUGUCCCAACUCAACACAUCGGCGUUUCGAUGGCGAACGCCAUCGACUCGAUAGCCGACUAUAGGCCGGGAGAGUUGCCGAAUGCGCAAACAUUGCAGUCCGAUUUACAACUCUCGCAGGAAACAGUCGCCGUGCAUGAGAUAUCCUCGAACGAAAACGAGGGACGUCUCAGUCCUACGCAGCCGUUGUCGCAGACCGCAGUCGCAGAGUUCACGAGGCACCACGCUGUUGCGGUGUCAGAAAUGACGCCCGUACAGAAAGAGGAAAGCUUCAGAGCGGAAGAACUACCGGCGGCCCACUUGGUUGAUAUGACUAUACCGGAGUAUAGCGCCAUCCACGUGACCGCGACGGAAUCGUCCGAGCUUCCGCAAGAAGGCGUAGACAUCCUCGACAUGAAAGCCGAAAACGCCAACAUGGCGCUCGUCCACCAACAGACCGCCCAGACUAUCGUGCCGCUCAUCCACGAGAGAGAACAACCGUUCACGGAGAAAGAGCAUCCGUUCAGACGGAACGUGAGCACGCUCGUGGAAACUGACAAAGCCCUCGAAAUCACCGAGAUCGAAACGUCCGAGAAAUCACAAGACUUGUCAACAUUGCCACUUCCCAAAGCCACGCUAGCCGAAACGGAGAUCAUCGCCAGUACGACGGUGGCCGUCGAACACGUAGAAGCCAUCGACACCGUGGGAACUCACGAACUGAGAAGACUUCCCAUUGGCGAACAAGCGCAGAUCAGCGUUCCGGCGACCGAAGCGGUCGCCAUUGAGCUCGUGGAAUCCGCUCAGAAAGAGAAAGAACUUCGCGUCGCCGAACUGCCGGCGACAGUCGUCAGCAAGUUCUCCAUCCCGACUCAGGAACACGUUUUUGUCCACACGGUCCAAUCGUCGAACUCCGAGCAGCUGCUCGAGGAAUGGACGAGACCGCAGACAUCGGAAGCUGCGACGAGCCUUUCAACCGAAAACGCCGUCGUUGUUCAGCACACCGACUCGCAUCUCAAGGAGGGCCUCAUGGAAGAUUUCAAAGCCCCAGACGCGCUCCAAUUGAAAAGUGAAUUCCUCACUCAGACCCCGCUCGAGGUUUGCGCCGUGGUUCACGCCAACGCGGGAAGUCGAUUGAAACUCGACGAGCUCCCCACCGAAUACACGGCUGACGUCUCGAUGAAACUUUCGGCUCCUCUCAACGUGAUCGAAACGAAUUUCCAGGAAAAAGAAAACGAAUUCCUCCGAGAGGCUCAGCCUACUACGAAUGCCAAGAGGGACCUCGUGCUCUCGUCGAACAUCGUCGUCGGACACACGGUCGCCGAUGAACGCGAAGCCGGAGCCCCCGAGCGAUUGGCGAUGCCCACUCAAGCGGCCGACGUGACUUUCUCGACCCAGGAGUCGCUCCAGGUCACUCAGCAAACACUACCGCAGGCCACUGCCGACUUCCAAGCGGACAAGCUGCCCCGUGGCCAGACGGCAGACCAACAGCUUCUCGUCAGCGAGGGUGUACAGGUUCAGGCCACGAAUGCAGGAGUCAAAGAGACCGAAUUGGCUCCGUUCAAGACACCGCAAGGUUUCGACACGUCGUUCGUCUUCGGACUACACGAGCACACGACCGUGCAAGAGGCCACAGCCGCCGUUUCCGAAGGGGAAUUAGCGCCGGAUAAGAAGCCCGUCACCGAAGCCGCCGUGCCGAAAUUGACAACGACCAAACACGUAACUGUCAGUGAAACCGUCAGCGGUCAAUUCGAAUCCGAGCUCGCUCUCGAAAAAACACCGGCCGCCUACCGCGCCGAUGUUGGUUUCUUGCCACAGAGUCACAAAACUCAGGCGGAGGUCGUCCAUGCCAUGAUCUCGGGAGAGUUUGAAGCGGUUGUAAACAAAACCCACAAGGCGGAGUUUACUGUUCCCUCGGAUGAUCAUCUGGUUGUGGAGCAGACCUCUCUUCUGCAGACGGAGGUGGAAUUUUCGGAGGAGAAGCCAGUCGAGAUGAAACUGACCGACUUCAGUGUACCGGAGCAGCACGCGGUGCUCAGUCACGAGAUCAUCGUUGCCAACAAGGAGGCGACGUUGCCGGAGGACAAAAAGCCGGAGUCGCGAUCAGCCGACGUAGGCCUGAUAUUCGAGGAGAGUAUCAUCGCCAGCGAGGUCGUCGUCGCUUCGAAGGAGAAGCUACUGCCUUCCGAUCAGAAGCCGCAGAAGGAAACGGCCGUCAUGAAGAUCCCCCACGAAGAACACUCCUACGUCGAGGAAGUAAUUACGGCCAGCAAAGAAGGAGUUUACGAGAGAGGAAAACCCGCCGUGACCACCGAAGCGACAGCUCUCUUCUCACCAUUGGAGUCGGUUUCCGUCACCGCGGUUCAGCCCGAGCACCGGGAGGGAAUUGUUCAUAUCGAAGAAGUGCAGAAAGCGACCGCAUCGCAAGACCUUAUUCCGCUGUCUUCGAUGAACGUCACCGAUGUUCAAUUCGCCGACAGCAUGGAGGAUUUCGUCCGUGAAACCCCAGUCGGGAAGCAGGCCUCGCAGAGUCUCAUCCCGCAGUCCUCGCUUGUCGUCGAGCAUACGUCCCAUUCUGUCGAAACGAGUGACUUUGAGACGGCUGUGGUCAAAGAUUAUAUGCCGACAGUCACCGUUGGUGAAAUCGAAAUCGCUGUGAAAUCUGGCGAUGUUCCGCUCAUGAAGGAGACAGAGCUCGCGCCCGACGGAAAGCCGACCACGAGCGCCGCCAAGCUCGAGUUCGUACACGAGAUCCACGCCAUUGCGUCAGAAACCGUCGCGCAAGACAAGGAAACUCAUCUUCCGGCCCCGAAAGCACCCACCGAGGGCGUCGCCGGGGCUUCGUUCAUCGCCCAGGAGUUCCUUCAGGUCGAGGACAACGUUCUCGUUCAGAAGGAAGCCGCUUUCGAGCCGGCCAAGAAACCCGAGGAAAUGCAGACUAGCGUGACCAUUCCUCUCGAGGAACACGUUUCCGUGACCCAAGUCGUUUGCAGCGCCCAAGAAGAAGAGUUCGACUUUAAACCCAAUUUCCAUCCGGUGUCUGCCACCGUGGGCUUGUCGACGAAAGACCACAUCGUAGUCGAAGAAUCCUUGGAGAGCCUGAAAGAAGGCGAAUACACGCCGGACAAGCCGGUCCCGACGACCGAAGCCGCGGUUAAUUUCGAGAGGAAGGAACACAUCUACGUACAGGAAGCGGUGCCGUCCACGGAGACCGAAGCGUUCGAAGUGACCCCCGCGAAACAGAACAGAGCCACGUUCAACGUACCCAGUCAGGAGACGAUGCAGGUCACGCAAAUCGUCACCGAAGACAGAACGGGUGACUUCAGACCGGACGAAGCCGCGGAGACCCGAAGGGCUGGGGUCAAUGUCACGGCGCAAGAGACCGUGGCGGUGAAGGAAGUCACCACGCAGGAGAACGCCGAGGAAGGUCUCGAGACCCUGGAGCUCCCGAUGAAGAAUGCGAAGGUCUGGUUUGAUGCUCAAACUCAUAUCUCUAUCGAGCAAACUCAAACGACCGAACACGAAGACGUUUUCUACGAUGCGGAGGCGCCGCAGGAAGUCGCUGGCGUAUCGAUGGAUUCUGAGAAGCAUAUAGUCGUUCAGCAAGCGCUCACCGACGACAAGGAAGGUGAAUUCGUUGUCGGAGAAACGAAAACUAAUUCAGCUUCAGUCAAUAUCGAUCAUAUGGUUCCAAUUGUCGUCCAGAAAGUCGUCACUAGCCAGGAGGCCGAGCAGCUCGCCCCCGACAAGGAGCCGGAACGCAAACAGAUCGAGGGCUCGAUCAUACUCAACGAGUCGAUUUCCAAGGAACAGAUCGAAACCGCCCAGAGAGAAUCCGAUUUCAUCUCAGAGAAAUUACCGGAAGGCGAUCAGGCCGGCAUUGAAUUCAUAACUUCGAAACACAUCUCGGUCGCGGAAACCGUGCACACGAUCGCCGAGCGGGACCUGCCUGAAGAUGUUAAACCCACGAAGAACGUGGCUAAACUCAAUAUCGAAACACAAGAAGUAGGUUUGAAAGAGGAAAAUGUUUUCGUCAUCAAAGAGGAGGAGUUCGAGGGUGCGCCGAAGCCGAAGGCCUACCAGGCCGAAACAUCUGUGCCGGCUUCGGAGCACGUCGUCAUCGAAUCGGUCCUAAGCCACAAUAAGGAAGAUUCAUUGGCCGAUUUCAAACAACCCGAAGGAAUUCCUGCUAAUUACGAUCUCCUGUCGACCGAACACAUCGUUUCACAAGAAGUUGUCUUCUCUCUAAACGAGGAAGAACUCGUGGCCGACAAGAGACCCAGCGACCAGCAGAUCGACUUCACCCUAGUUUCCGCUUUGCCGCUCGAGGUGGGCUCGACCAUCCUCCAGGACAAGGAAACAGAAUAUAUUCCAGGGAAGAUACCGGCGGGUUUCAUGCCCGACGUCGAUAUCGUCCCAUCGGAGUACAUAUCGCAGUGUCUGGUGAUUCCGGAAACUAAGGAGGACCUGAUGGACGACGCACCGAUGCCGAAGACCGGCAGAGCGUCUUUCAGUUUCGUUUCGCUCGAAAGCAUUUUGCAGCAUCAGACAGAGGCAUCUCUGAAGGAGGGCCUCCUAGAAGACUUCAGAGCCCCUGACGGUGUGGUGAUCGAAUACGAAAUUAUUCCAGCCCAGCACAGCCAUAGCGAGCAAGUUGUAUUCGAAGAACGCGAACAGCUGUUACCCGAUCGAAAGAUGCCCUCGGAAAAGCAAACCGAUCAGAAAGUUAUCACUUCGGAAGCAGUGUUCGUCAUCGAAACCGAAGUCGACGAACGCGAAGAUAUCUUACAGCCAGAUCAGCGAGUGCCGAAGUCAAGGAGCGACAUCAAUGUCGAAGCCGCUGAGAGCUACACUGUCGAACAGGUUCAGCCCGAGUACCGCGAGGAACUCUUCGAAGGUAAAUAUGAACCACGAUCGGCAGAGGCCUCUGUCGACAUUACGCACGUCAAGCAUGUCGAGGUAACUGAAGUAACAAGCGAACUGAGGGAGGACGAUCUUCCACUUCCCAAAGUACCAAAGACAGCUAACCCCACGGCGGUGCUCAGCCCUCAAGAGCACAUCGUCGUCGAGCAAGCCGUUCACUCGAUCGAGACAGGUAAGCUCAAAGCGUUUGAGAUGACCACCGUCGAAGUCGACGUCUCCCUGACCGAGAGCCAGCACAUGCUCGUUCGGCAAACGGUCAGCGAGAUUCGAGCGAACGACCUCACGCUGCAAGCCCCUCAGACGGACAAGGCUAGCGAUCGGCUCGAGAUCGCUCAGCCAAUAGAAAUCGUCGAGUUGGUGACCGACUACGAAGUGGAGCAACUUCCCGACAUAGAGGUCACCGAGGCUGUCGCCAAAACUAAAGAGCAGAAGGGUCGCAAGGAGAAGAAGGAACCCACGGUAACGAUCGAGGAGGAAGAGGAGGAGUUGCCCACCGAGCAGUCCGCCGGUAUCACGAUCAAAAAAGUCGUGAAGAAGAAGAAAUCCGUCCGUUUCGCUGACGUUGGUGAGGAAGAAGUCGAGGAGACCACCGAGGUUCUGCACACCUUCAGCCGAGAGAAGACUGGGCCGGUCAUCGAAGAGGUGACCGACGAAGUCGUUGUUGGUCCUCAACCGGUUCCGAUCGUCGAGGAGUUCGAAGACGAAAACGAGACUUCCAUCGUGCUCGGACAGAAAGUCUCCGAAUCGGCCCCGGUCGAACAUACGUACGAGGUCACUCAGCCAGAAGACGAGGAGCCGACUCCUGAAAUUCCGGUGCGCAUAAGGAAAGAGGAGAAGAGAGACCUCCCGAUCGAAGUAGAAUCGGAGGGGGUCGAAUUCAGCAUCACGCAGAAGACUCCGAUUGAUAUCACGGAAGAAACAGUGAAGGUCGAAGAAGACGUGGCGCACAGUGUCGUCAUCUCCACCAGGAAGCAGGUGAAGAAGGGUUCGCGCCAGAUCGUGCUCGAAUCUCAGACGGCCGAGUUCGAUAUCACUCAGGAGAGCCAUCAAGAGUUCGCCGUACAGUCGGGUGAUGUCACGGAGCUCUACACUUCUGAGGAAGUCACCGUGAGCAAACGGAUCAAGUCCGAUAAAGUUGUUACGAAAGAAGCUCCCGUGGAGGACUCGAAGACAGAAAUAACGCUCAAGCCGAAGUCCAAAAAGAAACCCGAAGAGGAGGCGAAGCCCGUGGAGGAAGAACAGCAACCCGAAGUCAGCAUGGAGGUCACCGUGCGCAAGAAAUCCAAAGACGAACAUCCGGUCGAAGUGGAAUCCCAAACAGCUGAUUUCGAAGUAGUCCAGGAGAUCAAGAAGGAAAUCACGAUCGAGACUGCCGGCACGGUGGAGAAUCAGGCCGACGAGUUCACAACGAUGGUCAAGCAGCCGAAGAAGAAGUCAAUCCCAAGAGAGGAAGAAACCGCGACAGCUAUUACUCUCAAGAGAAAACCAUCCGCGCCCAAGAUCGAGCAGGUCGUCGAGAGUGAAGAAUCUCCCCAGAUUGCCGCCGAAGUCGUGAUCGCUCGCAAGAAGGAACCCGAGCGGCCAGUGACAGUCGAGUCGGAAGGAGCAGAGUUUAGUCUCACGCAACUGAAAGUGCAUCAGAUCGAAGAAUCGUCGGGAGUUCACCGAGAAUUCACCAUCGAAGUCGCGAGUGAAACGGAGGAUAAACCCUCCGAUGCCGUUCUCAAACAGAAAUUGCAUGAGAUCGAGAUUGUUCAGGAGGAUACUCCGAAGAAAGUGAAAGACGAAGAGGUGGAAAGUAAGAUCACGCUCAAACCGAGGAAGACAUCGAUUCAGAAGGCACCCACAGUUCAGGACCAAAAAGAAGACGAGCCCGUCGUCGACGUAACCGUGAGGAGAUCGAGUCGGAAAGAGGAGAAGCCGGUUGUGGAAGUAUCUUCCCAAUCGGUCGAUGUUGUCGUCACGCAGGAUAUUCCUCACACCGUCACCAUAAAAGAGAAAUCGUUUGAUUGGGAAACAAGCGCUGUGUCCGAAGAGCUCACGUACACAUUCCAGCAGUACUCUUAUGAGAAAACAACACAAUCGGAAACGACUGCGGAAGUCUACAAAGAAAUCGUUAUCGGAAGACCGGAGGAGACCGAAGAGAAGCCUCUGGUGGCGAAGUUGAAGAAGAAAAAAUCUAUUCCGAAGGACGAGGAGACGACAGAGAAAAUUUCCCUCAAACCGAAGCGAAAGUCGGUUUCGAAAGAUACACCCAAACCGCGAGAGCAACCCGAAAGCGUUCAAGAUGUGGAAAUAUCGCUUAGGAAGAAACCCGAGGGGAAACCGACUAUCGACGUGGAGUCAGUGGGCGUCGAGGUCACCGUUGUACAAGAAAAACCUCAGGAUGUUGUAAUCCAGGAGGCGACAUUCACAACACAGGAUGUCGAGGUCACCGAAACGUCGGCUCUCGAAGCCACACUCAAGAUCAUUAAGGGGAAGAAGAAGUCGAUCACUGAAGAAUUGCCAAGUGUUACCGAGGAGAAACCGAAAGAGGCGACGCUGACUUUGAAACGGAAAUCGAUCCCGAAGGAUACCGAAGUAACGCAAAAAGUUACGCUGAAACCAAAGAAGAAAUCCGUAUCCGAAGAGUCUAAGAAGCCGAAGGAAGAUGUCGAGGUGACGAGCGACGUAAUCGUCACCAUGAAGAAGGAACAGCCUCAGGAGCAGCCGACGGUCGAGAUCGAAGCUGCCGGGGUCGACGUCACUGUGGUCCAGAAACGUCCUCAGGAAGUGCACGUCGAGGAGAAAAUCGUUCAGCGAGACACGGUCAGCGUGACAGAAGAAGCUCCCAAGGAAGCGACUCUGACCAUCAAAAAGACUUCUGUCACAGAAGAGACCCCGAAGGUCAGCGAGGAGAAGCCACUCGAAGCGAAGGUCACGCUUAGGAAGAAAUCUGUCCCGAAAGAAGAAGAAGUCACGCAGAAAGUCUCCUUGAAACCGAAGAAGAAGUCGAUAUCGAAAGAAGCUGAAAAGCCGAGAGAUGACGUCACUGAAGACGUCACGGUGACGAUGAAGCGAGACCAACCGAAAGAAUCGCCGACGGUCGAGGUAGAGGCCGAGGGUACUCAGGUGACCGUGGUUCAGCCGAAGAGCCAAGACGUCAAAGUCGAGGAAACUGUCGUGAAGCAGGAUAAGGUCUCUAUAACGGAGGAGCAACCUCAGGAAGCCGUUCUCAGCAUAAAAAAGAAGAAGAAGUCCAUCCCGUCAAAGGAAGAAGAAAUUACACAGGAUAUCAAAUUGAAAGCCAAGCCUAAGCCUGUCGCAGAGAGACAGGAGGAGCCUCGAGACGUGACGGAGGACGUGACGGUCUCGAUCAAGAAACAGCCAGAAGUUCAAUCCGUAGUCGAAACACAAAGUGCGGGAACGGAGAUAACUCUAGUCGGACCGAAACCUCAACCGGAGGUAGACGUCGCGGAAACUGUCUUCAAACAGGAGAUCGUUGAGGUCACGGAAGAAACUGGUCAGCAAGCCACUCUGACAUUGAGGAAGAAACUGUCGAUUUCAGAAGAACGACCUCAGGUGUCCGAAGUGAAAGCCCUCGAGGCCACGAUCGGUAUCAAAGAAAAACCCAAGACCGAAGAGCAAACCACGAAAGUCACGCUCAAGCCGAAGAGGAAAUCUGUCAGCGCCGAAGCGCAGAAACCAGAAGACGUGACGCAGGACAUCUCUAUCACACUGAAGGAGGACGCCAAGCCCACUCAGGUCGUGGAGGUCGAUUCGGCCGGUGUCGAGAUGACGGUUCUUCAGAAGGUAUCCGAUAUCUCUGUAAGCGAGGAUGUCGUACUGAAACAAGAGGUCAAGGUCACGGAAGAAACGGUUCAGGAAGCGACCCUGACCGUGAAGAAGGAGUCGGUCCUGAUCACCGAGGAGAAGCCGAAGGAGGCGACUUUAAAAAUCAAAAAGAAGCCAUCCAUUAGCGAAGAAACCCCCAAGGUAUCCGAAGAAAAGCCGAAGGAAGCGGUCCUGACGGCCAAGAAAAAGAAAUCAAUCACCGAGGAGAUGCCGAUAGUGACCGAGGAGAAGCCUCUCGAAGCGACCCUGAAACUGAAGAAGAAGAAGUCCAUCGCUGAGGAGACACCUCGGGUAGAGGAGACGAAACCGGUUCAAGCCGAAGUGAGCCUCAAGAAGAAGUUGAAGCCCAAGGUGGCUACCGACACCCAAGAAGAGUUCACGGCCGUCAUCAAGAAGAAAGACGAUAUGGAGGCGGAACUGGUUCUGGAACAGGAUGAAUUCACUUCGGAGGAUAUCGACAUCGAAGUCACUCUCGAGUCCGCUCCUCAGAAACCCGUCGAAGAAGAAUCGGGCGAGGACGAAUUGUCUAUCACAAAGGAACAAGAUCAGGGACCCGCGAAAACCAAACCCAAAGUUAUCAGAAAACUUCCCGAAGAAACUGUCGUGCGAAAAUACCGACGAAGACCCGACACGAUCCGCGAGGAGGAUGAGGUCUACAGCGAUGAAGAGUUUAGCGAGGGCGAAGACGACCAGGGUGAGGAGUUCGAGAGCGAGGACACUUGCGUAGUACCACUAAAGAGAUCAGGGAAGAAAAAGAAGCCGCUCGAAGAGCAGCCCGAAGAGGAGGAAAUCAUUGAAUUGGCCAUCGAUUCGACGACAAUCGGUGACGAGGCAGAUAUCGUCAAUCUCCAAUUGCAAGUGAAAAAGCCCGGCUCUGAAGAAACUCAAGCGUUGGAAGUUGUAAUGAAGAAGCCCAAAGCUGAAGAAGCUCCUGAGACAUCGCUCCGAAUCAAGAAGAAGCAACCCGUCAAGCCGGUCGAGGAGACGGAAGAAAGCGCCGAGAUUAGAAUCGUCAGGAAACCCGAGAAACCCCAGGAAACGUCCGAAGAAACGAUCGAGGAAGUCGUGAAACUUCAACCGAAACCCAAACCCGAAGAGCCAACAUCGGAAGAGAUCGCCGUUGACCUCAAGAUUGAGAAACCGGUAGAGGACUUGGAAGACGCCCCGGCUGUCGCUUUCAAAUUGACGAAGGCUCAGAAAAUCGAAGAGACCCCUGACACAGCCGAAGCUGACGUCAGCGUCACCCUGCAGAGGAAGGAGGAGAAACCCGAGAAGCCGACCGACGAAGUGGCCGAAGAGGUUUCUCUCCUGAUCGCCGAGGAGAAGCCCAAGGUCACUCAGGACGAGCAGGUGGAGCUCAAAAUCCGUAAACCUGUCGUGGUCGAAGAGAAGCCUCAAGAAGUUACGCUGAAAAGACGUAAGUCCUCAGCUAAACCCGUCCCGGUCGAGGAGCCCACCGAAGUCUCUCUCAAGAUCGUGAGGCAGCCGGAAGCGGAAAUCAAGCUGCCCGAAGAGACCGAAGAGGUUUCGAUAACCGUCGCAAGCAAACCACUCACUGAGCCGGUUGUCGAAGAAACAGUCCAAGAGGAGGUCGUCACCAUUCCCCAAGAGGUAGCGGUGCGUGAAGUUAAAGAGGAAGCUGCAGAUGAAAUCACAAUCAAGAAACGGGUCGUGAUCGAGGAAAAAGAGGAGGAGAAGGAGCAGCAACAACAAGAAGAGAAAGUGACCAUUGGGAAGAAGAAACGAAAACCAUCGCAGGAGGAGGUGAAAUUCGAGCUGAAGAAGAAACCCGAGGAGAAAACGGAAGAGGUCACGGUCGAGAUCCAAGAGGAGAAGAAGCCUGAGAAAGUCACGGAGGAGCACGCUGACGAGCUGACGAUCAAGAAAGAGGUCGAAGUCAUUCGUGAACACGUCCUCGAGGUCAACGAAGACGUUGUCAUCGUAGAACAACAAGGUGAGGUCUUCGUUGAGCAAUUCGUGACGUCCGACGAGGCCGCUCGAACGGUGAGCCUCAAGAGGAAACCGAAGAUCGUACCGGAACCUGAAGAGGAAACUGAAACGAAGCUCGAGUUGAAACCCAAGACUGAGCCCGUGACGGAAUCCUCCGAAACAGCUGCAACCGUUCAGCUUCCGACACCGGUACCGAAAGAGGAGAUCGUCGAGGCCGCAGAAGAGCUGACAAUCAAGAAAGAGUUCGUUAUCAGAGAAGAAGGUGAAGAGAAAGUUUCGCUGAAACGGAAGAAGAAGCCGUCUAUCACCACCGAGACGGUUCGCGCGGACGAAACCACCCCAGCUUCGGAGGCCACGUUCAGCAUUGACAAGAAACCCGAGCCCGAACAACCGAAGUCGGAAGAUGCUGAAGAAUCAAUCGUACUCACCAAGAAGGAGACGCCGAAACCGAAAGUCGUUCAUGAAGAUACCGCGGAAACUGAACUCAUUCUCAAGAGGGAGGAGCCUGUGCCGGUGACUGAGGAAGCCGCGGACGAGAUCACAGUCAAGAAGGUCGUCCAGGUCGAAGACGAGGAAGAGGCGCAACAAAUGAAAUUCGCUCUGAAGAAGAAGAAACCCAGUGUAACUCCGGAAGCCGAGUUCAAGCUCCGCAAGGAGCCUGAACACGAAGACCAACCCCAGGACACGGAGGAAUCCUUCCAGAUGAACGUGAAACCGAAAGAGAAACCCACGAAGCCCGCCGAAACCACGUUCGAGAUUGGAGAAGCUACGAUCGACGUCACCGAAGGGACAGUCGAGAAGCGUUACGAGUUGCGAUUCGAAGAAGAUUCCGAUGAGAUGAAAGUUGUCAUCAAAGAGGCAAUUACAGAAGAGAGAUCCGAGGAGAUCAUCGAGGAAUUCUAUUUCAUCGCGACGACCACCUACAUUUCCGAGAGUCCCGACGGCAUGACGAUUGUGGAAGGUGAAAGAGUUCAAGUCGUUGAGAAAGUUUCCCAUGAUCAUUGGCUCGUGAAGAAGGUCAUCACCAAGGAAUCUGGACUUGUACCACCUGAUAUCCUCAAAGAAGCAGAGGAGUACACCCAAUAUCUUCAGGAAGUUCUCGGCGAUAAGAUCCAGCGGCUUCCUGUUUACGGUCGGGUACGGGACGGAGACGAGCCAACAGCUCCGCGGUUCGUACGGCCUCUGCAGCCCUUGACAGUCGUCGACGGCCAGCCGGUGACUAUGCUCGCGCAAGUUACCGGAAACCCGAGGCCAACGAUCACUUGGUUCAAACAGACGCAGAUCCUGAAGAACACGGAGGAGUUCACCAUCUAUUACGACGAAUCAAACGUGACAACCCUGUACAUAAAGGAAUCGUUCCCUGAAGACUCGGGAACCUACACCGUGGUUGCUAAGAACCUCGCCGGAUUCACAUCUUGCUCGGCCGAGCUAACCGUGGAAGCGCCCUUCUCCGAUCACGGCACCGACUCGGCCCCAACUUCGCGAUUCACGCUUUCGAGGACACCUUCCGUGGUGUCGAUGUUCGACGCGAUACCCCCUGUUUUCGCUCACCCACCGGAAAACCGCGUCGUCGAAGAAGGAGACGAGCUCACGAUCGUAUGCGUCGUCUCCGCCGCACCGGAACCGAAGGUCACUCUCUGCAAGAACGGUCGGCCGGUCAAGCUCGAUAGACGCAUAAGCCAGCAGAUCGAACAAAUCGACGAUAUGUUCCGGAUAGUGAUCAAGAUCAAAGAGACUGUUGUCGAAGACAGCGACAGCUACGACCUGGUCGCUCAGAACAGCGAGGGAACUGUCCACGCUCGAUUCACUCUGACCAUCCAAGAGAAACCGAAAGACACGGACGAAGAGCCCAAGUUCACCCAGACCUUCCCCGACCAGGUCAUCAUGGAAGGAGACACACUGAGACUGGUCGUCAAGGUCACCGGAAAACCAUCGCCGGAGGUCGAGUGGUACUGCGACGAAACCAUCAUCAAGGAAACCAAGACCACCAAAAUCACCGAGGAGAACGGGGUCUUCAUUCUCGAAACGAAAAAGACAACUCAGAAACAGACUGGAACCUACAAGGUGGUCGCGAAGAACGAAUACGGAUCUACAACGUCGUCAGCUAAAAUCACCAUUCAGAAACGUACGAUCACAUUCAUUGAGAAGAUACAAGACGUGGAAGUAUCCGAAGACACGGUUGCCAUGUUCGUCUGUAAGAUCAGCGACGAGAACGCCGAAGUCACCUGGCAUAAAGACGGAGAGAAGAUCGUGGAGUCGGAGAAAUAUACUUUCAUCAAGGAGAACGCGUACCGGAAGCUGGUCAUAAACGACACGACCGUUCGAGACGACGGAGAAUACACCGUGGUUCUCGGAGAACAGGAAUGUACGGCUGAUCUGGUCGUCACCGAACUGCCCCCGAGAAUCGUAUCGAAAAUGUCCGAUAUGACCGUAGCGGAGAACGAAGAAGCUUGGUUCCAAGUGGAGCUGACCAAAGGAGACGCUUGGGUCCGCUGGUACAAGGGUGGGAAAGAGAUCAAAUUCACAGAGAAGACUCUUGUCACAAUCGACGGCAAGCGACAGCGGCUUGUCAUCAAAAAAGCCUCAUACAACGACGCAGGAGUCUACACGUGCGCCGUCGGGGACCAGUCUUGCAAGGCUCGUCUCAAGGUUGAACCUCCAUCGGUAGAGUUCCGUGCUCGACUUCCGGACACCACCUACGUUCCGGAAGACACCGACGCGGAAUUUACGGUCUCUCUGACGUCUCCGGACGUUGAAGUCAUCUGGAUGAGGGACGGAGUCCCCAUCCCGAUGGAUGAGCGCUUCCGUUUCGUAAAAGAGGGAGAGUUCGUACGAAAACUGGUCGUUUGUCACGUGGACAAGGACGACGUCGCCGAAUACACUUGCGUGGCCGGAAACGUCAGAACCACGACGAAGCUUCAGGUCGAAGACGCUCAGACCGAGUUCACGCUCAAGCUGAGGGACAUCGUCGUUCGUGAGAGCGAUACCGUCACUCUGCUGGUCGAAGUCAAUCGCGAAACGAUGGAAGUUCACUGGAAGAAGGACGAUGAGGAAGUCGAACCCUCGGAGAAAAUGAUAAUCACAACCGAAGGGAAGAACCGAAAACUCAUCAUCAAAGACGCUGCCGAUAGCGAUCAAGGUAUCUACUCGUGUGUUGUCAAGGACAAAAAGUGCUCCUCGACGGUCAAGGUCGAAUGUCCUCCAAAAAUCCGCACCGAUCAACGAAUUUUCACCGCGCGGCGGGGCGAUAAACUCGAGCUGGAAGUGCCGUUCACGGCCAUUCCGGAUCCGGACAUCCUCUGGACACAGAACGGAAAACUCGUCAUGAGCUCGUCGUCCGUGAAAGUGAACAACGAGACGCAGACCACGACGCUCGUUUUCCCCAAGAUCGAGAAGAAUCAAGUUGGCGUCUAUCAUCUCCGACUCAAGAACAAGUGGGGAGAAUGCAGUCAAGACUUCGUCGUCGUCGUCCUUGAUCGACCCGAACCACCCCAGGAGCCGAAGGCGUCCGAUAUCGGUUCGGACUCGCUGACCCUCAGCUGGAAGCCUCCCAAGAGCGACGGAGGAGCUCCGGUGCGCGGCUACAGCAUCGAAUUCCACGACCGCAACACCGCGAAGUGGAUUCCGUACAAAACGAGGAAACCCACUUCGGAAACUUUCGUUCGGAUUCAAGGUCUUAACGAGGGUCAUGACUACACGUUCCGCGUGAUAGCCGAGAACGAUGUCGGCAGGAGCGAGCCGUCCGAAGCGAGCGAAUACGUCGAAACUCGGGAUAACGCCGGGGACGCUCCGGCGGUCCUCGAGCAGCUCCCCAACGAAACAGCCUCGAAACGAGGAGCGGAUUCCGUUCUCCUGUGCAGGGUUUCCGGGGAACCUCAGCCGGAUAUCGAAUGGUUCAAGGACAACAAACCCCUGAAGUUGACACCGAAGAUGCAGGUCACCUUCCAGGACCAUGUCGCUCUGCUGACAAUCACUGACGUUACCGAGCAGGACGCCGGAUCGUACACUUGCAAAGCGACAAACAAGUUCGGCGAGGCGCAAACAUCCGGAGCCUUGGCCAUCAAAGAAAAACCUUAUGCCGAGUUCGACGCGAACAUGAAAUCCGUCCGGGUCCAGAAGGGUAAGGAGCACCUGAUCCCUGUCAAGAUCUUCGGCUUCCCGGCGCCGCAGAGCACUUGGUAUAAGAACGGCAGUCCUCUCAAAUCGGGAUCCAAACUGUUGAUAUCGAGCACCGAGAAAUCGUCGACGCUCAUCGUCAAGGGCCUCGUCCCCGACGAUACGGGAACGUACACGCUGAAGCUCGCAAACACCGCCGGUGAAGCUUCGUAUGACUUCAAACUCCGCAUUCUCGAUCGACCAGGACCGCCCGAGCCCCCGAUCACGUUCAGUGACGUGAACAGGAACUCCAUAACAAUCUGUUGGAAUCCUCCGACAGACAACGGCGGUUCGGAUAUAACGAAAUACGUCAUCGAAAGAUGUGAGGUCUCAUCGCAAAUUUUCGUCGAGAUCGCGCAAACUGUGGCUACCGCGUUCCGAUACGUCGAUCAAAAUGUCACGGAGAACUGCGAAUACGUAUAUCGUGUUUGCGCCGUGAACGCCAACGGAACCGGCGAGCCAGCUGAGUCGACCCCGAUAGUUGCUCGAGCCUCGUACGGUAAACCUUCAGCACCGCAGAAACCCAUAACAAUCAGAGACGUGAAGGAUACGUCAUUCACGUUAGGAUGGUGCCCCCCGGAAACGGACGGUGGAUCGCCGAUACUGGACUACACGAUCGAAAAGCGAGAAAGCUCGAAGAAAGCGUGGCAGCCGGCGGGGACCUGUGCACCGAACUGUUUCAGUAUUCUUGUAUCUAGCCUCAAGAAGGGUACGGCCUACCACUUCAGAAUUACGUGCAGGAACGAAUUCGGGUCUAGUCCUCCUCUGGCGACCGAUGAAGCGAUCAUCGCAGGACACGUCAUCCGACCACCUACCCCGCCCGAAGGACCGCUCGAAGCCAAUGAUAUCACGAACAAAACGUGCACCUUGUCGUGGCGCCCCCCGAAAGACAACGGCGGAGCAGAGCUGACCGCGUACGUCAUUUGGAAGAAAGAACACUCGUCGACUUCUUGGACGCGCGUGAUGACAAUUGAUGCCAAUCGGACCACUUGUCUCGUGCAGCACCUGAGCGAUAAGUUCACGUAUACGUUCCGCGUGUGCGCGGAAAAUAUUUCCGGAAGUUCCGACUAUUUGGAAUCUGCCGAGGCGGUGAAACUGAAAGCGGCGGCGGAUCGUCCGACUCCGCCGACGGCCCCAUUAGAGUACUGUGUCACCGGACCUACGUCGAUGGAUAUCGAAUGGGGCCGUCCCGAAUCGGACGGAGGCUCCCCGCUGACAGGGUACAUCGUUGCCAUCAAAGAUAUACGCAGACGUAUGUGGAUGGAAGUCGCUCAAGUCGAUGCGGAAACACAUCGACUCCACGUCAGGGAACUGCAGGAGCAUCGAGAGUACCUCGUGAGGGUGUUCGCGCGCAACGAAAUCGGACUCAGCGAUCCUCUCGAGAUGGACGAGUCCGUCAAGAUCACCAGGCCCGAAGGUUUCACCGGAGAAGAACAGCAGGGCGAUGAUAAAACGCCAUCCGCGAGCUUCACGACCGAGACCUCGAGUUCGUGGAUCCGGGACCACAACGUUGAACCGCUGCUCCGCUCGUACACGAAACACAAGCUGAAGCAGCGACACGAAUAUUUCUUCAAGUUGUCGCACUACUCCGAAGACUUGUUUAAAGAGUGAACUGAGUACGAUUUUUUCUCCUGAACGACCUGCGAACGCGGAGUUCUGCGGGUCGCUCGCUGUGUCGCUUCUCUGUCCCGCAAUCGAGAGCAACUUGAGAUGCGAGCGGGAUGCGUUCACAUCGCGCAUAGGUAUACACGACGCCUAAUCUUCAUUUGACGAAGGCGAAAUCUCCAAAUUUCCGAAAUGCAAAUGUUGUUAUGGACAUAAGAAACGCUGGGAGAACAAAGGCAUUACGAGUUAGGGAACUUGUAAAUAUAUUAAUUAAAUCAUAUGUCGACGGAAGCGAACGAUUUGCUUCAGAAUCGAACCCAUUGCAAUCCUCAACGCCUAAAGCGUGCAAGGUUUCGAUUCUCAAGGAAAUCGGCUCGCCUCCAUCUGGGAUUAUAAUAAAUGUGGAAUUUCAA